AUGGCGGAUGAGCCUGAUUUGAAGCCAAGCCCUGGCAUGACGGUUGAGGAAUGCCAGAAUAUGAUCCAGAGAAGUCUUCGAACUCCCAUGGUAAAAUUUCUGAAGGAGCACCUGGAGAAAUCAGGAUGUGGUAUUGGCAGCAAUUUCAUAAAGGCUGUCAAUUGUAAAGGAGCUACUGCUGGUGGUUAUGUUAAAGGAGAAGGGAUAGUGGUAUGUAGUAAUCACCUACAAAUCCAAGAUGAGGUAACACAAGUGGUGAUUCACGAGCUCAUUCAUGCGUAUGAUGAAUGUCGUUCUGCAAAUUUGGACUGGUCUGACUGUGCUCACCAUGCUUGCAGUGAGAUACGGGCUGGCCAUCUCAGUGGAGAUUGCCAUUACAAAAGGGAAUUACUUCGUGGCUUUAUGAAGCUGAGAGGACAUGAGCAAGAUUGUGUGCGGCGAAGAGUGAUGAAAUCAGUGACAGCAAAUCCAUAUUGUUCGGAAGCAGCAGCAAAGGAUGCAAUGGAAGCUGUUUGGGAUAUUUGUUAUAACGACACUAAGCCCUUUGACCGUGCUCCUUGA